UCGGGGAGCCGGUCGGGUUCCCGCUCGCCGCCGCCGCCGCCGCCGCCGCCCCCCGCAGCGACUCUCCCGCCGCGCCGGCCGCGGGAGCUGCGUCGCCCACUCUGCUCGGCUGUGGAGCCGCCAGUCUGGGAACACAGAGCCCGGGACGCGACACGCCGAGCCCCCCAUCACCUUCCGCCGGGGCGACCCCUCCCGGGUCCGCUCUCGCCCUGCGCAGCCGCCGGACCCCCCAGCUCCGAGCGGCGCCGCGACCCCGCGGCCGCAUCCCGGCCCCUGCACUCCCGCAGCCGCCGCCCCCCGCCCGGAACAUGGACUCCGACUCCUGCGCCGCCGCCUUCCACCCGGAGGAAUACUCCCCCAGUUACAAGAGGCGCAGGACUGUGGAGGACUUCAACAAAUUCUGCACCUUUGUCUUGGCCUAUGCUGGAUACAUCCCUUAUCCGAAGGAGGAACUCCCUUUGAGGAGCAGCCCCAGCCCUGCCAACAGCACCGCUGGCACCAUCGACAGUGAUGGCUGGGACACUGGUUUCACCGACAUCGCGUCCUCGGUGCCCUUGCCAGUCUCUGACCGCUGCUUUAGCCACCUGCAGCCCACUCUCUUGCAGCGAGCCAAGCCCAGCAACUUCCUGCUGGACAGAAAGAAGACGGACAAGCUGAAGAAGAAGAAGAGGAGGAAGCGAAGGGACAGCGACGUGCCCGAGAAGGACGGGUACAGGGAUGGCUUGCUGAAGCUGGACACUGCUGAUCCGUAUGGGGAGACCCCCACAAGUCCCACCUUGCAGGAUAUUCCCCAGGCCCCCAGUGACCCCUGCUCAGGCUGGGACUCCGACACACCCUCCAGUGGAUCUUGUGCCACGGUGUCACCUGAUCAGGUCAAAGAAAUAAAAACUGAAGGCAAACGGACUAUCGUCCGGCAGGGAAAACAGGUGGUGUUCCGAGAUGAGGACAGCACUGGCAAUGAUGAGGACAUAAUGGUGGACUCAGAUGACGAUUCCUGGGACCUUGUCACCUGCUUCUGCAUGAAGCCAUUUGCAGGCCGCCCCAUGAUCGAGUGUAACGAGUGUCACACCUGGAUUCACCUGUCCUGUGCAAAAAUCCGGAAAUCCAACGUUCCGGAAGUGUUUGUCUGCCAAAAGUGCCGGGACUCCAAGUUUGACAUCCGCCGCUCCAACCGUUCCCGUAUGGGCUCCCGGAAGCUGUUUCUGGACUGACUGCUGGCGGGCGAGGAGGCUGCCGCGAGGAAUCCGAAGGGACAGUGGGCUUUCUGGCCCCUUUCUUAGUUGAGCACAGAACUCUCCGCUCUGGUGCGGGCAGAUCCCUGCCAUUCAGGUGCCUAAGCAAAAGGACAGGCUGUCUAAGGUAGAAACUGUACAUAGUGACCGAAUAAAAUCUUCAUUGGCCAAAGCUGCUGCCAGAGCUGUGUUCUCUGCAGUGGAGGUGGACUAAACACCCAAGUGCAGUGGGUUUGGUUCAGCUGAAAAUGAGGGUACAUGGUAGUUGUGAGUUUUUGCUAUCAUUGUUAACAAGUUCCUGCCGACUGGAACAAACGCUAGCUGUUAUUCCUGCUUCCACCGUGUUGGGGAGAGGAGUUCAAUUUCCCCGGCCUGUUAAUGAACAGCCAUACGUGUAAGCUUUUUCUCGUGUGUUAAGUCUUUUACCAAAAGUGUCUGUACAGCACCCAUCAGAGCUGCCCCUAGUGGCCUGCCCUCUGCCUCGGCUGCUGCUUGUCAUCUGCAGGAGCCCUCUGGCCUCACUCUGAGAGGAGCCGUGCGAUGGCAGGCUAGCUCGUGGUUCUUAGGUUUCCUUCUGUUUGUUAAAAGGGACAAUGUGGCCGCUUCUCUGUGGAAAGGGGGUUGGUUGGUGGGUUGAGGUGGCCCGUGUUCAUAACUCAGUUUCCUGUUUUGCACGAUGUAAAAAAUCCUGUCUUUUUGCACGAUACAGCCAAAAGUACUGGCCGAUUCCUUGCUGAGUGCCCUUUCUCUCUCCAGGUGGUGUGUGAGGUGUUGGGGUGAGGCCUAGGCUAGCGGGUUCCAAGUGUGGGGGCAUUUAGGUUCGUUCCUUGUCUCUUCCCCUCACCUUACUCUGGUAGCAACAUAAAGGACAGGCAAUCACUGGGACCCAGAUGGUGUUCCUCUGAAUUAUGGGUAAAGGAAAAUUGGGAGGGAGGCCUCUCCUAUGCGUGGGUCUUAAUACGCCCUUUACACAGGCUGGCCUGCUGGUUCCACAGGGCAAGGUUAGGACUUGAGUUCUUUUUUUUGGGUUAUGUUGGUGAGUGAGUGAUAGGGUAACAGAGGCCUUCAGGAAUGUACCAUUGAACUGCGCAGAGCUCCUCAGAUCUCCACUAGCAUCCUGAGCUAGGGAGGCCCCUGUGAGGGCUAGCUCUGGAGCAACCAGGGAGUUUGCACCGGAAGCCCCUGCAGUACUCUGUUCGAGGGCGGUGUACCCCGGGACACUGGUGGUUCUGGGGGUGGGGGGGCUUCAGCUUUCUCCAAAAUUGAUACGGCUCUUUAGCAGUUGAAGUUCUUGUUCUCAAACAUGUUUUGUAAAUUGAUGGGUAUGUUUUCAUAAGCAUUGUUUCUUGUAAGGCAUGGAAAGGGAAGAAUGCCCAAGUUAGUCAUGUUUAUUUGCAGUGGGAUGGGCCUGUGGGAUCCCUGCCAGGGGCUUCCCCUUCAUGUGGCACCUUUGUGCGAGGCCGCCAGGCACACUUCCCACGUUCUCACUGAAGCAACAAGGGGUUUGAACCAUAAUUUGGCUAUUCAAGAGUCUGGGUUUUGUCCUAGUAUCUUUCACACUUGUCCAGUCAACUGUCUUAUUUUUUAAAAAAUACUCUGUUGCUUGUAUUAACAUACAGGUAGAGAGAAAGUUUCUGAAACCCAGUUUAUUGUGAAGCUCACUAAGGGAGAUGUUGCUCUGUAGAGAAAAUAGUAAGCUGGUUUAGAAACAACCUUCUCUCCAGACAGUUAUCUAGCUCUGACUAGGGCAGACAUCCAGGACAAGGCGGAGAGAAAUUUGCCAAAGAUCUGCCCCGUGACAAUGCCUGUCCAGUGUCUUCACCAUGACAAUAACCAAAGUUCCAAAGUGUUUUUCUUCUUUUUUAAAAAACUCCAUUAAGAUUUUUAAAGUGCAUGUGAAGAAUAUGACUGAUUUUAGGGUGGAACUGCCAGCCUGGCAAUUGUUACAUGAUUGUUACAUGUGCGGGGAGGUUCGAUGCUCCUGGAAUGCAUUUGAUACUCAUCUCCAUUUCUGUUUCUAGGAUUGCAUUUUUGUUCUUGUAACAGAUCUAUCCCUGUGGGUGGUGUCU